GUCUCGGCGAUGUUUCCUAGAGUCGCGACGUUCCUGCCUCUUCGCCCCGUUUCCCGCCACCCUUUGUCCUCCGGAAGCCCGGAGACAUCAGCAGCUGCGAUUGUGCUACUCGCUGCUCGGCACGGAACCGUCAGGACAAAAAAUAAUAUCCAAAGAUAUUUUGGCACUAGCAGCGUGAUCUGUAGCAAGAAGGGUGACCAGUCUGUUGGAACUGAUGAGACUCCCAAGGAGACUUCAGAGAGCCAAGACAGUGAAAAUGAAAACACAAAAAAAGACUUGUUAAGCAUUAUUAAGGGCAUGAAAGUUGAAUUAAGCACAGUAAAUGUACAAACAACAAAGCCCCCCAACAGAAGACCACUUGAAGGUUUGGAAGCUACACUUGGCAGGCUUACAAGAGCUACAGAACGUCCUCCAAAGAAGAGAAUUGAGCCCCUGAGUCCGGAGUUGGUGGCAGCUGCGUCUGCUGUGGCAGAUUCUCUCCCUUUUGAUAAGCAAAAAACCAAGUCAGAGCUUCUGAGACAGCUCCAGCAGCAUGAGGAAGAGUCAAGGGCGCAGAGCGAUGCAGAGAGACCUAAAAUUAGUUUCAGUAACAUAAUAUCAGAUAUGAAAGUUGCCAGAUCUGCUACAGCUAGAGUUCAUUUAAGACCAGAGCAUCAGAUUCGGUUUGAUGAAGGCCAUGACAGUUAUCCUGACCAGAAGACUGCUGGUUUUAGAAAAAGAAUUACGAAAAGUUUAUUCAAGGGGAAAAGACUUUAUAUUUUUGACAUGACGGCAACUGCUAAAGAAGACUCUGAAACAGACACAUCACCUUCACUUUGGGAUGUGGAAUUUGCUAAGAAGUUAGCCACAGUAAAUGAACAACCCCUUCAGAAUGGAUUUGAAGAGCUGAUCCAGUGGACAAAAGAGGGGAAACUGUGGGAGUUCCCAAUUAACAAUGAGGCAGGUUUUGAUGAUGAUGGUUCAGAAUUUCAUGAGCAUAUAUUUCUGGAGAAACACCUGGAGGGCUUUCCAAAACAAGGACCAAUUCGCCACUUCAUGGAGCUGGUGACUUGUGGCCUUUCCAAAAACCCGUAUCUUAGUGUUAAACAGAAGGUUGAGCACAUAGAGUGGUUUAGAAAUUACUUUAAUGAAAAACAGGACAUUCUAAAAGAAACUAACGUACAAUUCAAUUAAGACCAUGGAAAUUUUAUUUCAAACAAUUAGAGAUGGAUAUUACAACUAAAUAAAAUAAUUUUACUAGUUUGUA